GGCUCCAGUGGAUCCAGCGUUGCCCAGGGUGGUUCUGCAGGAUCUUUUAAGCCAGGAACAGGGUAUUCCCAGGUCAGCUACUCCUCCGGAUCUGGCUCUAGUCUACAAGGUGCACCCAGUUCCUCCCAGCUGGGCGGCAGCGGCUCCCAGCCCGGCAGCGGCUCCCAGCCCGGCAGCAGCGGCUCUCACUCAGGAAGCAGCGGCUCUAACGCAGGAAGCAGCGGCUCUAAUACAGGAAGCAGUAGCUCUCACUUGGGAAGCAGCAGCUCUCAUUCCAGCAGCAGCAGCAGCUUUCAGUUCAGCAGCAGCAGCUCCCAAGUAGGGAGUGGCUCUGCUCUGCCAACCAGUGACAACGCUUACCGCGGAAUACUAAACCCUUCCCAGCCUGGACAAAGCUCUUCCUUUUCCCAGACCAGUGGCCAAAGGGUCAGCUCCAACCAGCGUCCCUGUAGUUCAGACAUCCCCGACUCUCCCUGCAGUGGAGGGCCCAUCAUCUCACACUCCGGCCCCUACAUCCCCAGCUCCCACUCUGUGUCAGGGGGUCAGAGGCCUGUGGUGGUGGUGGUGGAGCAGCACGGUUCUGGUGGCCCUGGAGUGGUUCAAGGUCUCCCCUGCAGCAACGGUGGCCUUCCAGGCAAGCCCUGUCCCCCAAUCACCUCUGUAGACAAAUCCUAUGGUGGCUACGAGGUGGUGGGUGGCUCCUCUGACAGUUAUCUGGUUCCAGGCAUGACCUACAGUAAAGGGAAAAUCUACCCUGUGGGCUACUUCACCAAAGAUAACCCUGUGAAAGGCUCUCCAGGGGUCCCUUCCUUUGCAGCUGGGCCCCCCAUCUCUGAGGGCAAAUACUUCUCCAGCAACCCCAUCAUCCCCAGCCAGUCGGGAGCUUCCUCAGUCAUUGCAUUCCAGCCAGUGGGGACUGGUGGGGUCCAGCUCUGUGGAGGCGGCUCCACAGGCUCCAAGGGACCCUGCUCUCCCUUCAGUUCUCGAGUCCACAGCAGUUCUAGCAUUUCCAGCAGCUCCGGUUCACCCUACCAUCCCUGCGGCAGCACUUCCCAGAGCCCCUGCUCCCCGCCAGGCACCGGCUCCUUCAGCAGCAGCUCUAGUUCCCAAUCCAGUGGCAAAAUCAUCCUUCAGCCUUGUGGUAGCAAGUCCAGCUCUUCUGGUCACCCUUGCAUGUCUGUCUCCUCCUUGACACUGACUGGGGACCCCGAUGGCUCGCCCCAUCCCGAUCCCUCCGCUGGUGCCAAGCCCUGUGGCUCCGGCAGUGCUGGAAAGAUCCCCUGCCGCUCCAUCCGGGAUAUCCUAGCCCAAGUGAAGCCUCUGGGGCCCCAGCUAGCUGACCCUGAGGUUUUCCUACCCCAGGGAGAGUUACUCGACAGUCCAUAAGUCAACUUUCGUGUGUGUGCAUGCCUUGGGCACAAACAAGCACAUACACUAUAUCCCAUAUGGGAGAAGUCCAGUGCCCAGGCACAGGGUCAGCUCAGUUUCCCUCCUCCUUCCCAAAAGAAUGGCUCUGCUUUCUCCACUACCCCAAGGUUGCAGACUCUCUCUUAUCACCCCUUCCUCCUUCCUCUUCCCAAAAUGGUAGAUUCAAAGCUCCUCUCUUGAUUCUCUCCUACUGUUUAAAUUCCCAUUCCACCGCAGUGUCCCUCAGCCAGAUCACCACCCCUUACAAUUCCCUCUGCUGUGUCUUUGAAAUGGUCCAUUGAGUAACACCCCCAUCAGCCUCUCAACUGGGAAACCCCUGAAAUGCUCCCAGAGCACCUCUGACGCCUGGAAAAGUUAUACCUUCCUCUUCCCCUUUACCAAAUAAAGCAAAGUCAAACCAUCA